AUGGGUACCGGAAAGAAGGAGGCCGCCCGUAAGGUGCGGCAGGGAAAGCCCAACGAUGGCAUGGGCAAUGUCAAGACCAAGGGUGAAAACUUUUACCGUGAUGCCAAGAAGAUCAAGACCUUGAACAUGUUCAAGGAUGGCAAAGCUCAGCGCAACGCCCAUGGAGAGAUCACGAAUGCUGCCUCCUACCAGUCUCGUGAUGCCCCCACUGCUCGCAUCGAGCCCAACCGUAAAUGGUUUGCCAACAGUCGAGUUAUCUCCCAGGAGGCACUCACCUCCUUCCGUGAGGCUGUCGCUGAACGGGCGUCCGACCCUUACCAAGUUCUGCUCAAGACCAACAAGCUCCCCAUGAGCUUGAUUCGGGACAAUGACACCGUGAAUGGAAUCAAGCAACAUCAAGCCAAGAUGGAGAUUGAGAACAACCCCUUCAAUGAUACCUUUGGACCCAAGGCUCAAAGAAAGCGUGUCAAGCUGGGCGUGACUUCUCUGGAAGAUCUGGCCGGUGAGACCGCCAAGGUUCACGAUAACUACAUGGAGAAGAUGGACCAAGAUGCUCACGAUGAUGGUACUCCCAUCGUCUCUGCUGAUGUGGGCACCAAGGAUGAUGCCAUUCUCACUACUGCUCGCGAGUCUGUCUUCUCCAAGGGCCAGAGCAAGCGUAUCUGGAACGAGCUUUACAAGGUUAUUGACUCUUCCGAUGUGGUUAUCCACGUUCUGGAUGCUCGUGAUCCCGUUGGUACUCGUUGCCGGAGCGUUGAGAAAUACAUCCGCGAGGAGGCACCUCACAAGCAUCUUAUUUUCGUGCUAAACAAGACCGAUCUCAUCCCGACCGGUGUGGCUGCCGCUUGGGUUCGUCAUUUGUCGAAGGAUUACCCGACUCUUGCUUUCCACGCCAACAUCAACAACUCCUUUGGUAAGGGUUCUUUGAUUACACUGCUUCGCCAGUUCUCUUCAUUGCACUCCGAUCGCAAGCAGAUUUCUGUUGGAUUCAUUGGUUACCCCAACACUGGCAAAUCUUCUAUCAUCAACACUCUUCGGAAGAAGAAGGUCUGCACCGUGGCUCCCAUUCCCGGUGAGACCAAGGUGUGGCAGUACAUCACCUUGAUGAAGAGAAUCUACCUCAUCGAUUGUCCUGGUGUGGUUCCACCCAACCAGAACGAUACUGAGGAGGACAUCCUUCUGCGUGGUGUCUGCCGUGUUGAGAAUGUUGAGAACCCCGAGCAGUACAUUCCCGCAGUCAUGCGCCGAGUGCAACCCCGCCACUUGGAGCGUACCUACGGUAUCAAGGAGCCUACCGACGCUAUUGACUUCCUCAGUCGACUUGCUCGCAAGGGUGGUCGUCUGCUCAAGGGAGGUGAGCCUGACUUGGAUGGUGUGGCCAAGAUGGUCAUCAACGAUUUCCUUCGUGGAAAGACUCCUUGGUUCACGCCUCCUCCUAAGCCUCCUGUCGGCGAGAAAGAGACCAUGGAAGGUCGUGAAGGCCGCCUUGGUGAAAUGGGUCGCAAGCGUAAGCUUGAGGAGACCGAGACCGCCCCUGAGGCCGCCGACGAUGUUGAGUCAUCGGACUCGAAGCCUGAUGAUGAAUUUGACGGCAUUGAGGAGGAUGACGAUAACGAUUCCAUUGCCAACCUGGAGAUCAGUGAUGUGGAGAGUGGUGAGGAGGACUGA